UGUGAUUUUUAUGGAAGCGUCCGGUUUUCCUCGGCCUUUGAAUUCGCUGUUUUAUUUCAUAGACAAGCGCGCGGUGGUCUGUUAGAGGUCGGUGAAAUGUCGACCACUGUCACUUUUGAUUCAUGGACUCAACACGGACUCUAGCUAAAAACAUUUCUGUCAAGAGGCUAAUACAAGGUCGACUUCAUUCAUUCAAUAUCCAGAUUUAGGGAACAUGAAGUUGUCUUUGGACACUAUGGGCGUCCUGAAGAUUGUGCUGUUCAUCUUUGAGGCUGUUUUACUGACAGACUGUGCAAGAGGACCUCCACGGGUGUCAGAGAAGGUUGCUCACAGACAAACAGCCCGGCUUGGGAGUGCCAUCAAGCUACCGUGUCCGGUGGAAGGAGACCCUCCACCCUUAAUUAUGUGGACCAAGGAUGGGCGCAACAUCCACAGCGGCUGGAUCCGUUUCCGAAUCCUGCGCAUGGGCCUGAAGAUCAAGGAGGUGGAGGCAGAUGACACGGGCACCUACAUCUGCAAAGCCACCAACGGCUUUGGUAGCGUUAACAUCAACUACACCCUCAUUGUCAUCGAUGACUCAGGUUCUGAUAAAACUGGACCGGGAGCAGCUGACGGAGCAGAGUCUGAGCUUGGCAACGAUGGUGUGUCAGACAAAUUUGUGCGUCCCCGCUUCACCCAGCCCGCUAAGAUGAGGAAGAGGGUGAUAGCCCGUCCUGUUGGCAGUUCAGUGCGGCUCAAAUGCACGGCCAGUGGAAACCCUCGACCGGACAUCGUGUGGCUGAAGGACGACAGGCCGCUCACGGAGCAGGAAGUCGGCGAGGGCCGUCAGAAGAAGUGGACUCUGAGUCUGAAGAACCUGACGCCAGAGCACAGCGGCAGAUACACCUGCAGAGUCUCCAAUCGUGCAGGGGAAAUCAACGCCACGUAUAAAGUUGAGGUCAUACAGAGGACAAACUCUAAACCUAUUUUGACGGGCACUCACCCAGUCAACACGACGGUGGACUACGGAGGCACCACGUCAUUCCAGUGCAAAGUGAGGAGUGACGUUAAGCCGGUCAUUCAGUGGCUCAAACGCGUGGAGUCUAACGAGGAAAGCCGCUACAACUCCACCAUUGAGGUGGGGGACUCACGAUUCGUGGUGCUGCCCACGGGAGAGGUGUGGUCGAGGCCUGACGGCUCCUACCUCAACAAGCUGCUCAUUACCCGCGCCAAGGAGGAGGACGCUGGCAUGUACAUCUGCUUAGGCGCCAACACCAUGGGCUAUAGCUUCCGCAGUGCCUUCCUCACUGUGCUGCCAGACACAAAGCCUCCCAUCACGGCCAUGUUCUCGCCAACUUCCAGCUCCCUGCCCUGGCCUGUCAUCAUUGGCAUACCUGCUGGAAUAGUGUUCAUCUUUGGCACAGUGCUGCUGUGGUUCUGCCAGAGCAGAAAACACUGUCCUCCACCCAGUGCUCCAGCUGCAGCUGCACAGGUACUGCAGAGCUCCCACAGGCUGCCGUAUCGAGAGCGGGACAGGGGCGGUGUGGCCCCGUCCUCCAGCACAGAGAAAGACUGCAUGAGCUCCAUGAACUAUGAGGAGUACCUCGCACAGCAGCAGCUCCUCCUCAGCCAGGGAGGACCAACGCUCCCCCCAAAAAUCUACCCCAAAAUCUACACAGACAUUCACACGCACACUCACUCUCAUGUGGACGGGAAAGUACAUCAGCAUCAACACAUUCAUUUUCAGUGUUAGCCUUGGUGCCAAAUACUCCCCACUAACUGUUCCAGUAUCUCAGAGGGAGAGUGAGCUGUGGACUAAACAGCAGCUCCUGAGUGUCAUUCACCAGGCAUUAUUCUAAUCAAAAUCAAAAGUGGACUCUUCUCAUAGCAGGACAUUGUUGGGAGAGUGUACAUGUGUGAAAAACAGUGGCCAGUGACACACACCUUGUGUUUUUUACAUCCAAACUUCCAUAUUUGGUGCUUUUUUUUUACCUUCAAAUUCUCACACCACUAAAAUCCAUUAAUCCUUGUUGUGCACUUAAUACAAAAAGGACAAGGAAAUCUGCAGCGUGUGAGUUGAAUUGCAGCUAUUGAGGCCCGCUGAAAGGUCUCCCUCAGCAGCUGAAUUUUGCAUUUUCCUACUUGAGGUGUGGCUGAAAAUGGAGGUUAGGUUUUACCUUUCACGUGAUCAGCUGUUGGAGCUCAGAGGCUCCGUUAUGUUCUGCCUGGUAAUGAAGAUGAAAAUGGUACUCUAGAUUUACAAAAGGGCUGGUUUUAUGCUCCUACUCAGGUAGUCCUUUUGUUUUGUUAAAGAUGCAUAAUGUUUGGAAUGCUGACCACUAUCCUUUAUAUUACCUUUCUCCAUCCCUCACUUCUGUUCUACGUUAAAAGUCAUAUAGAGUAGGCUGGUAAAUUUUUUAUAGCAUGUUUAUGGCAUGCAAACCUUGCCUAAGACUGCAAGGGAUGGGAGAAUUGUAUUUCCAUGUUAACUGAAUUGGUUGCCAUUAUCAUUUUAACUUUUUUAGGUAGGUUCCCAUCACUAGUAUGUUGAGAUAAACCAGCAGAGGAUGAGUCUUUUUGACCGCCACCUUAUCCACCCACAGUAUAUGAAGCUGUAGUCAUUUAUAAUCAAAUUGAGUCAUGAAUAUUUAAUUUAUUUUGCUAAAAAAAUGUAUCAAAAGUUUAUUUUUCAGAGUAAGGCGUUUUACAUAUCUAUGUAAUGUUAUUAAAGUAUACUGUUGUUGUCUAUAGUACAUUUUGAGUACUUUGUCACCCAGUUUAAUCACAUUUAGUUCAUGCCAAUAUUUAGGUAUUUCUGUAUGUAAUUGGUUGUAUUUGACAAUCUUGUAUGAUGUACUCUGUUCAAGGCUUAAAAACUAAAUCAUCUAAAAGUUUGAUGGUUUGGUAGUUUGAUUAAA